AGUACAGGAGGCGUGAGGCGAGGGGGAGGAGAGAGAGAGGGUCAUUAUCCCCUAGAGGGUGGAGCAAAGGGGGAGGUAAAGAGCUACGGAUGAAACAUUUGAAGCUCAUACUGACAUGCUGCUCUGGGGGCUCCUGUGAGUCCAGCCAUGGAUGGUGUGUUGGAAGGAGCGGCAGUGUUGUGUGUAUGUAAACUGGUCUGCAGUGUCCUCUUCUUGCCCUCUUUGGCUGCGUCCCACAGUCCGGUCAGCUUCUGCUGCUGCUGCCUCCUGAUCCUCACCGACUUCCUGGUCACAGUUUUUCUGAGUUUCCUUUGCAUCUUUGAGUCGUGGCUGACCGAGCUGACCCCACUCAGUGAUGUCAUUGCCCUGCGCUUCCUGCUCUUUAUCAGCCACACAUAUGGUGUGGUGUUGCUCCUGACCACACCUCUGAUUGCUGUGGAGACUCUGUCCAGACUGCUGUGGCCUCACUCUGUUGUUGCUCACAGGACAGUGAGUGAAACAGUGAUGGACUCUGACGGACAACAUUGUUAUGUUGGGGAGGCAACUGUGGACGAGGACGGUGACGACCCAGACAAAGAAAAGAGCUUGUCUCAUGCUGUCAGCUACCUCUGCUGCCUGUCAGUGUGGGUCGCCGUCGGCCUCAAUGUCAGGUGGCGGUGGAACCUUGAGGAAGUGUGGGCUGCUGCCUGUUUGCACACAACCAACUCCCUCAUCAGGUGUUUGCCCAACCUGUUCAGCCCCAUGUCCAGCACUGUGAAUCCCUGCUGGGUCAUGGCCUUCCUCUGCCUCCUGCUCCUCCUGACCACAAGCACAGGCCUGCACAGACGACACUGGGCCCAUACACAGAUGGCAGGGAUGGAAAGGGAGAAAUUGGGAGUUGACAUUGAAGGUGACAGUUGCUGGCAAGACCUCGCCCCGGUGCUGCCUGCACCCUCCGAGCCUGUGAACCCUGGGAUGUCGGAUUCAACGGCAGCACAGCGUGUUGACCCAGAGAAAACAGAGAGCAGCUGCACUGUUCACAGAGCGUGUUCCUGGAACAGCUUACAGAUGUCGGUGCGUCACCAUGGAGACUUUGUCCUAAUUUCCCCUGAGUGUUUGUCUGUAGGACAGGAGCGGGAAAGGACAAAGACAGGUAUACCUCUGACAUUUAUCGUGGAGAACCAUGCGUACUCACAGUGCAGGAGCCAGUGUGGGUGGCGACAGUGGGGUUUUCCCUGCCUGGGGGUGAACGUAAUGAUAGGGUUUGUGAGUGUGCUUUCCAUCUUUGUGCUGCCUCUAAACCUCAGCGUGAACAUUGUUCUGAUCAGAUCUAUAGAGACUCUGCUGGAGCUGUGUAUCAAAUCUUUAAUUUCAUCUGCAGCAAACACAAGCAACACAUCGACCUCAACACUUGCAUAAAACCAGACUGGUGAGAGGCAAAAGUGGAUGCUGAUUGGAGGCUAUUUGCAACAGGAUCGCCAGAUUAAUAUUGCAUGUGUGCAGACAGCAGGUCUGCCUGUCAACAUUGGUUUGAAUAGAGUGUAAAUAACCAUUUCUAAGUAGCUAUUCACACGCGGGGAACAAUAUGUGGAAACUGCUGAAAGGUGCUGAAGAGGCAGGUUGAGACGUGCUUGGUAGAAAGACGCUAAACCUGACUGAGACAGACGACUGGAAGGCCUGCUUUUAUUUAGCGUUCAGAGCCUUAAGAUCUGCAGCGAUUUGUCAUUACACAGUGGGUUACAGAACAAGCCUCUCCAGUUUCAAUAAGACUGAUCCAGGGGCAAACAGUGUUUUGAAAGAAGUAAUAUGAAGUGUGACGAUGCUGCAUCACAUAAAGCCUGCAUAAAGCAAUGUAUAAAUAAACACUGAGUGACUUGAGGGUGUGCCACACAUUUUGUUUUUCUUCUUUGCAGCUUUGCCUCUGCUCUUAAAUCAACUGGUUUCAAAGGAUUUUGUGACUCUUCA